UUAACAGUGCUGUAGCAGAAAUCAAUUGUUGUGUUUUACCUAAAACGAAAAUGAAAUAUCUGUCGUGUACGAUACUCGUGGUGCUACUCGCGACUUCAGUUUGUAGGGCACAGCUACUUUGCUUUUACUGUGAAGAUUGCGGCAACUAUAUCGCAGAAGUGGAAGCUUGUGGUAUAAACAAUCCAGCCCCAGAAGUGUCUACAACAACCGUAGCUACACCUCUUCCGACUACUGGUGACCCUAUCCUAACACCAUCAACCAAUCCAGAUCAAACUUCCACUCCGGAAGCUUCUACAACGACCACGACACCAUCUACCAGUACAGAUGAUCCGAUCCUAACACCUUCAACCAAUCCAGAUCAAACUGCUACUCCGGAGUUUUCUACAACGACCACGAUAACAUCUACCAAUCCAGAUGAUCCGAUCAUAACACCUUCAACCAAUCCAGAUCAAACUUCCACUCCGGAAGUGUCUACAACGACCACGACAGCUUCAACCACUCCACGUGAUCCCAUCCUCACACCACCUGAACCGAUCGGAACCACCACAACUACAACUUCUACAGCUGCUCCGACUUCUGGCGCGCCUAUUCUAACACCCCCAACAAUACCGAAUUGGAAUCCUUCACAUGGAGUAGAUCCACCAAUCACCGAAGCUUGGCAGGCGAGGGGCGGCCGUAUCGUCAUUCCCAUCGAACCUUAUGUGCCAUAUGCAUGUACGGUGAUACGCGUAAGUGAUGGGCAACGGGAGAUCGUUCGACGAGGCUGCGCUAGAUUGGGAAAUAAUAACGAUCAAACCUGCAGUAACCUGUCCGGAGGUCACCAUACGCAGUGCACCGUCUGCAUGACACAUCUGUGCAACUCUGGGAUGUGAACAAACUAUUGUUUCCAGACUGAUUUACUUUAUUUCAUUUGUAUUUAUUGCUGUUUUGUAAAUAUUAUUAUGAAUCAUU